AUUAGCAAGUUUUAGUGAUUAUGCUAUGCUACAAAUUUUCAAGGAAUUAUGGAAGAAUUUAAACAUUGCUGUAAUGUGUUUCAGUGAUAUUGACAAUGCUCUUGUUUCAGAGAACAUGUUCUAGUUUUUGUCAAACUAUAGACAUGAUGAUGUGGAAUAAUGUAUCCUCGAACUUGGUGGUCCAUGUGCACGGUCAAAUGCUUGAAGACCUUGCUCUUAGAAUUAGUAUUUGGAGACAAGACAAUGGUAUUUUUACAUCACUCAUCUGAGCACAUGGUGUUGCAGUGUCUGUCCCGAGCAUGUCUUUGUCGUUUAAAAAAAAGAAAAAAUCCUGUUCAGUAUUGAAAAAGGAACUAAAUGUUUUACUUGAGAAUACGCAAGAAAAGUAAGUUGACUCUCAGGUUAAAUGCACUAUACAGUGCUGAAAUGCAGCUCUUCUGAAGGGCUCUUAUGCAAAACCUCAAACUUUGAUCACACUGAUAGCAGCAUGAAUUGAAGAAAUUCUAUAGGAGCAUACUAAAAUACAACUUACAGAAUACACAGUGAGGUGUGAGGAAGAAACAGUAAAUCAAUCAGCUGGGCACUCGUAAUUAGAAGAUGGCUUGAGCCUGAACAGGGACACAGCACAGCCUAUGUGAUGAAGGCAGAGCCAUAGACUACGGCUUCAGGAAAAAGAAUGCUGGCUAGUUUCUUCAUAGGUACUGGUGUACUUGGAGGAUGCUCCCAAGGCAAGAAGCUCCAAGAAAGUGAACCAAAUCAAACUUCUGAAAUGGAAAUUUUCAAAAGAUGAAGUCACCUUUGAGUGAGUCCUCCUAGUCUGGGAGGACUGGGGAUGGUCUGAAAGAAAAAGAAGGAAGAGUGAGGUUCCCAGGCCCAACUUCUGUUCCUCUGGUCCUUGCCCUAGAAUCUGACCACUUUCAUUUCUUCAAGGCUAGAUUCCGUAUAUAUCUUCAAAGUUAGUUCCUUUAUCUUGGAGCCUGACUACCCCCUGGAGGCUGAAGUGGGAAGGACAACAUAACCUCACACUCAGGCUGAGCAGCAACAGGACAAAGCUUAGAAAAUGAUGGACUCCAUAUCUUACGGGAUACAGGUUCGAGCCCUGGUCCGGGAAGAUCCCACAUGCCGCGGAGCAACUAAGCCCGUGGGCCACAACUACUGAGCCUGCGUGCCACAACUACUGAAGCCCAUGCUCCACAACAAGAGAAACCCACACACCACAACGAAGAGUAGCCCCCACUCGCCGCAACCAGAGAAAAGCCUGCACGCAACAAUGAAGACCCAAUGCAGCCAAAAAUAAAAAUUCUCCACUUUACCAGUACUUACAGGAUCUGGGACACACAGACUUCGAAGUAUGUUCUUCUCUGUCACCAAAACCAGAAAAAUGCACAGUGACAGAGGGACAACAAAAGCCUCCUGCAAGAGCCCUGCCAAAAGCAUCCUGUUAAAAGUGGCUGAAACCAUCAAAAGCUGGAUUUUGGUUCAGUGCAGUAAGAAUGAUGACUUACUUCACAAGUUGGAUAUUGGAUUCCGACUCAACUCACUACAUACCAUCCUGCAACAGGAAGUCCUGUUACAAGAGGAUGUGGAACUGAUUGAGCUACUUGAUCCCAGUGUCCUGUCUGCAGGGCAACCUCAACAACAGGAAAAUGGACACCUUCCAACACUUUGCUCCCUGGCGACCCCUAGUAUUUGGGAUGUCUCAGUGCUAUUUGCCUUCAUUAGUUUGCUCAUUAUGCUUCCCACUUGGUGGAUUGUAUCUUCCUGGCUGCUAUGGGGAGUGAUUCUAUUUGUUUAUCUGAUCAUAAGAGCUUUGAGAUUAUGGAGGACAGCAAAACUACAAAUAACCCUAAAAAAAUACAAUGUCUAUUUGGAAGAUAUAGCAACAAAUAGCCGAGGUUUUACUAACCUCGUGAGAAAAGCUUUACGUCUCAUUCAAGAAACUGAAGUCAUUUCCAGAGGAUUUACACUGGUCAGUGCUGCUUGCCCAUUUAAUAAAGCUGGACAGCAUCCCAGUCAGCAUCUCAUCGGUCUUCGGAAAGCUGUCUACAGAACUGUGAGAGCCAACUUUCAAGCAGCAAGGCUAGCUACCCUAUAUAUGCUGAAAAACUACCCCCUGAACUCUGAGAGUGACAAUGUAACCAACUACAUCUGUGUGGUGCCUUUUAAGGAGCUGGGCCUUGGACUUAGUGAAGAGCAGAUUUCAGAAGAGGAAGCACAUAACCUUACAGCUGGCUUCAGCCUGCCUGCAUUGAAGGUUUUGUUCCAACUCUGGGUGGCACAGAGUUCAGAGUUCUUCAGGCGAUUAGCCCUGUUACUUUCUACGGCUAAUUCACCUCCUGGGCCCUUACUUACUCCAGCACUUUUGCCUCAUCAUAUUUUAUCUGAUGUGACUCAAGGUCUACCUCAUGCUCAUUCUGCCUGUUUGGAAGAGCUUAAGCGCAGCUAUGAGUUCUAUCGGUACUUUGAAACUCAGCACCAGUCAGUACCCCAGCGUUUAUCCAAAACUCAGCAGAAGUCAAGAGAACUGAAUAAUGUUCACACAGCAGUACGCAGCUUGCAGCUCCAUCUGAAAGCAUUACUGAAUGAGGUAAUAGUUUUUGAAGAUGAACUUGAAAAGCUUGUUUGUACUAAAGAAACACAAGAACUAGUGUCAGAAGCUUAUCAAAUCCUAGAACAGAAAUUAAAGUUGAUUCAGCCCCAUGUUCAGGCGAGCAACAAUUGCUGGGAAGAGGCCAUUUCUCAAGUGGACAAGUUGCUGCGAAGAAACACAGAUAAAAAAGGCAAACCUGAAAUGGCAUGUGAAAACCCACACUGUACUGUGGUACCUUUGAUGCAGCCUCCUCUACACAUUGCAGACAAGGAUCCAAUCCCUGAGGAGCAGGAGUUAGAAGCUUAUGUAGAUGAUAUUGAUAUGGACAGUGAUUUCAGAAAGGAUGAUUUUUAUUACUUGUCUCAAGAAGACAGAGAGAGACAGGAGCGUGAGCAUGAAGAAUCCAAGAGGGUCCUCCAAGAACUAAAAUCUGUGCUGGGAUUUAAAGCAUCAGAGGCAGAAAGGCAGAAGUGGAAGCAACUUCUAUUUAGUGAUCAUGCUGUGUUGAAAUCCUUGUGUCCUGUAGACCCAGUGGAACCCAUAAGUAAUUCAGAACCAUCAGUGGAUUCAGAUAUGGGGAAAGUUUGUAAAAAUGAUACUGAAGAGGAAAAUAAUAAACCCUCUACAACCGACAAUGAAAUAAGUAAUAGGACUGAGUAUUUAUGUGAAUACCCUCUAGAUGGUAAAGAUAAAGACAAUUCUGCAAAUGAAGUCUUCCUCCAAGGAGCUGAAGAAAGAGUGUAUUACCAAUGUGAGAGUGAAGAUGAGUCCCAGCAGGCUGAUGCAGGUGGCCUGGCCCCUGCCCACCCAACCCACGGGGCCUCACCGCAGCCCUCCAUCAAGCAGAGGCUGGCACAGCUACAGCUGUCACCGGAUUUUACCUUCACUGCUGGCCUCGCUGCAGAAGUGGCUGCUAGAUCUCUCUCCUUUACUACCAUGCAGGAACAGACUUUUGGUGAUGAGGAGGAAGAACAAAUAAUGCAAGAAAAUGAAAAUGAGGUAGAAGAAAAGUAAGAACCAAGAUUUACAUUAAGGAUUUUAAAUUGUUCUUUUUUGUGAAAGUGUUUUAACUUCAAGACUAGAUAUUCCACUGGAAAGGGAAAAUGAGUGUAAGUUUACUAUAUUUAAAGCUAAGAUGUGAAUUUACAGGAAGAACCCUGGUUUGAACAACUGAUCUGAAAAGUCAUUUACCUGUAAAUGGCAGAUCUUUUAGGAAAAUAAGAGAAAGGUAAGGGCUCUUUUGAAUAAACUGCUACUUUAUUUUCGGCACAACUGAUUGAUCUUGGAAAUUCUUUAAGUAUCUUUAAUAACAAAUGAAUUUAUCAUUUCUUGCCAGAAUUUACUACCAUAAAAUGACUGGGGUAAUUCUGUUGCAAGAACAUUAACAUUUAGUAUGGCUCCUUUUUACUGUAUUCUUGCAGUUAAUGACUGCAGCUAUCAUGUCAGUAACAAGUUGUUUGUAUUUUAUUUUUGUUUAUACCAGUCUUAAAACAAAGAUACACGUUCUGAAUAAAAAAAAAUUGAAUUCAUGCAA